AUGGCUGCUGCGCUGCUGCCUCCAGAGGUGGAGCGUGCAUUUCAGCAGAACCCCGGGCUGCGAGAGUCUUUGGAUGAGGGGAGAAUGCAACUCAUCCGGGAUGAUCGGAGCCUGCUUUGCACAUGGAACUGGCAGGAUGUUUGGCGCACGGACGUCACCAAGUGUACGCAGGACAACCUGGCCAUGUUCACGGACGCCAAGGGGAAGAAGAGAACCAGGAGGUUGGACGAGAUGACCAAGAUCGUUACUGACCGCAUCAUGGCAAAGAUGGAACGGGAAGAGAAGGAGAAGAAAGCAAAAGAAGCUGCCAGGGUGGGCCAUGCUGGUGCUGCGGGCCGGAAGCUUUCCAAGAAGGAAAGGAUGAAGCAGGACCUCAGCGGACACCUGGGCCAGAUUUUCAAUGACUUGAAGGACAGCUCCACUGCGGACGCCAAGAAGAACGAGGAAAUGUACCAGGCCGUCUUCCAACAAGGAGAGCAGAUGGUCAACCGCAUGGCACAACAGGCCAAGCUGCCGCUGGACACGGAGGUGACGCUGCGAGAAUGGUGCGACAUGGCUUGGCGUGCUGGCCGAUUCUCUCCCUUAGAUCCGGACUUCAUGCUUGUUCCUAAGAGCUUAGGGCAGUGGUAG